AUGGCGGAAGAGUUGUUUCGUUGGGAUGCACACGGAAAUAAAAAGAGAAUGCCGUGGAGUGUUAAAGUUCUGUCACGUCUCAAUGAACAGAGAGACAAAACUAUGUUCUGUGACAUGAUUGUAACCGUUGAUGGGCAUGAAUUCAACGCACACAAAUGCAUGCUGGCUGCUUGUAGUCCUUACUUCGAGUCACUUUUCCGUAGCAACUUAAUGGAAGCCCGGACGGGUAAAGUUGACCUUCAAUGUACUUCGGUUGAAGGGAUGCAGUCCAUUUUGAAUUACAUGUAUACUGGUGAGAUAGAACUUAGCAUGGAUACCGUGGAAGACAUUAUUAGCGGCGCAGACCAUCUGUUAUUGACAAGACUGAAGCGAAUUUGUGAGAAAUUCAUCGUGCAAGGUACUGCAUCCAGUUAUCGUUGUUUGCGGGCCUUGCAGUUAGUAGAGGCAUACAACCUUGAAAAAUGGGUGAGUAACAUGGCGAAUAUGGUCUUAGCCAGGCGAUUUUCCGAGGUACUACAAGACAAACAGUGUCAGCCACUUAUAAUGGAGCUUUCUGCUGACAGAUUGUGUGAUGUAUUGUCACAUGAUAAGAUGACGGUCAAAAAAGAAGAGGAUUUGUUUGAAUUUAUUGUGAAAUGGACGAAUCAUGCACCCACAGAGCGAGCACAACAGUUUACUAAAUUGCUGAGUAAAUUACAUCUCAUUGAUGUCGAUAAAAGUUAUCUGAUUGACUGCAUACAGGAAGAGCCUCUAGUUCAGCAAAGUAUGGAAUCUAGAAAGUACUUUACAGAAGCUCUUCGAUACCAUUUGUUGCCAAACAGAGUAGAUGUCAAGGGAAAAUUAAAGCCACAGUUAAAGCCUCGCACAACCAGAUUGAUGGAUAUAAUUAUUUGUGUUGAUAAACUUGGUGGUUGUUUAUAUAGUUAUGUACUUGAGGAAAAUGAAUGGAUGUCCUGUGGUACAAGUUCAAGAACAGAACAGACACCCUGUUAUGCUGGUGUAAAAUUAGGAAAUCUGCUCUUGUGUGCUAAGCAGAGAAGAACUUGCGGAGGGGAAAAAAAUAUGUAUGAUCCUUUGAGUAAUAGUUUUAUAGAUGGUGCUGGCACAAAACACGAGUAUGGACAAGGCUCUGCAGUUGUGUCUAAUGGUAAGAUAUACACAUUUGGGGGUGGUCCACAUUGUCAAUCAGUGGAAAUGUUUGACCCUGAUAAUAACGGCUGGAUAGAGAAACCAUCGAUUCCUAGAGAACCAGGUUAUAUUCUACACACGGCUGCCACUAAGGAUGGGCAUAUCUACGUCAUAUGUUAUGAAAACAAUCGUUUUCUGACAGUUUGGUGUCUUGAUAGAGAUGAUAUGUGGACUUGUGUACUUGAAUAUCGAGGCAUUGAAAUAAAAGAAGUUCAACCAACAUCUUGCAUUCAGCCAUGCAUUUCAAUUGAAUCGUUAAACGGGAUUGAAGUGGAACUACCAGGUAAACAGAAAGUCGUCAUCUCAAAUGACCCUAACCAUGAGGUAUGCAUCAAAGAUUCCACAAUGCCGCAAAUUCCUUUUCCGAGAAUUAAUGCUGGUAUAUGCAAUGUAAAUGGGGACAUCUACGUCUGUGGUGGUCUUGCAAAGAGAGAACACUACACCAAGUUUGGUGACACUAACUCUGUGUGUAUGUUUAAUUCCUCCAAACAGAUAUGGAAGAAUUUACCCAGCAUGCCAAGGAGAGCAGAGAUUGUAGGGUGUGCCUUGUUUCAGUCACCGCAUGAAGUUUACUCUCCUUGA